AUGUGUAAAUUAAUUUAUAUAUUAUUUACUAUUUACUUGUCGUCUGUACAGAGUUCCAGAAUCAAAGAAGUUUUUAAUUUAAAACAAAUUUAUUUUUCUCCCAUCAAUGUGACAAAACUUAAAAAUGACACUAAACAUGAACCAACUAAUGUAAUUCCAUUGGCUUUAGAACGAUGGCAGAAUAAAUUAUUUUUGGUUACACCCAGAUUCAAGCUUGAUGUACCAGUAACGCUGUCAUACAUCAAUAUAACAAACAUGGAAAGUUAUAAAAAUAACACACCUAUCUUAAUUCCUUAUCCUAAUCAGAAAAUGCAUGAAAUAUCUGAACAUAAUUUUACAUCAGUAGUCAAAGUAAGAGCUGAUGUUUGCGACCGCUUAUGGAUAUUAGACAAUGGAAAAAUAAAUAACAAACAAGAAAGUAUUCCCGUUAUACAUGUGUACGACUUAAAAACUGAUUUGCACUUGAGAACAUUUGAUCUCGGACAUUUAUCAAUAGUGGAUUCAGAUAUCACCAACAUUGAAUUAGAUGUAACAUCUUCAACUUGUGAGGAUGCAUAUGCAUACAUACCAGAUAGCAAAACUUAUCGAUUAUUGGUUUACAGUUGGAAAACUAAUAGCUCAUAUGCAAUAACACACAAUUUUUUUCAUUUUGAUCCUCUUUGUGGCGAUAUAAACUUGGGUGAAAUUCACUAUCAGACUCAAAAAGGUUUAUAUGGAAUAGCUCUAUCACCAACAGCAAGAGAUGGUUUUAGAACCAUUUACUUUCAUAGUAUUGCCAGUACAAUGGGUUUUGCAGUUAAUUCAAGAAUAAUACGUAGUGGGAAUUAUGAUAAUGAUCGAAAUGUAUAUGAUUUUAAAGUGAUGGGAAAUAGAGGUACUAAUAAACAAGCUACAUCAUCAUCAUUUGACAUGGAAACUGGUGUUUUAUUUUAUGGGCUUCUUUUAAAAAAUGUACUUGGUUGUUGGAAUUCAUAUAGUGGAGAAGAAUAUAAUGAAUUAACUCAAGGCGUAAUAAGUUUGGAUAAUAGUAUUGAUAUGUAUCCAGCUGACGUCAGAGUUGAUCGAACUGGUAAUCUUUGGGUGUUAUCAAAUUCAUUUCAAAUAUACAGUAAAAAGGAUUAUGAUCAGAACCUUAUUAAUGUUAAAAUAUAUAUGACUCCAGUUCGACAAGUGAUUAAAGGAUCGAUUUGUGACGAAAUGUAAUCAACCGUAAAUAAAUACCUGUUUGAAAUGUUUCCCCGUUUGACCGAAAUAUAAAUAAUGUUUGUGCUGGUAAUGAUUGAAAAUAGUCUUCAUCAUCUAUCACAGUACC